AUGCCGCGAUUAUUAUCUAGCGCGCUGGCGCUUCGUCGCGACCCACGAAUUCUAAAGAUCCCACCAUACCUCUCGUUGCUGUGCAUCCUUGUUGGUGCAGUGUGGCUGUUCCUCCUCCCGCUGAACGAGUACUCGAGACGGACAUAUAUUUCGGAAAAUGCGCUUUUACCGGGACAGGUACAUACUUAUUUUGGGGGGAGUGACCAGAAUGUUCUUAGGGCGUAUAAGCAGGAGGUGAACACGCUGGUGGGGAAGAGUAAUGUCGAGAUCAACGACAAGCUCGAGUCGAUAGUCAGAGGUCUUGGGCUCAAGACGGCGAGGCAGAAGUUUAUGUUUCAUGCGGCGGGACGGACGUUUGAGGGGGAGAACCUUUAUGCGAUCCUUCAGGCUCCGAGGGGAGAUGCUACUGAGGCCAUUGUUCUGGUGGCUGCUUGGGAGAAUGUCAAGCAUGAGGUUAACAAGAAUGGGGUUCCUCUGGUGUUGACUUUGGCGAGAUAUUUCAAGAGGUGGUCGCUUUGGUCGAAGGAUAUUAUUAUCCUUCUUAGUCCUGACAGCAUCGCUGGUCCUCAGGCUUGGGUUGAUGCUUACCAUGAUGCGCACGACAGCUCCCGGGUGGCCAGCCUGCCUAUCAAGUCGGGGGCUCUUCAGGGGGCUAUUGCUAUUGACUAUGUUCAGGAGAACCGCUUCAAGAGCGUUCAUAUUGUUUAUGAUGGCGUCAACGGGCAGCUUCCCAACCUCGACUUGAUCAACUCCGUUGUUAAUAUCGCCGGAGGACAGAUGGGUAUGGGCGUGGCUUUGCAGGAGAUGUGGAACCACAAUGACAAGUACCCUGACCGUCUUCGCACCAUGCUUCGGGGUAUGCUCAAGCAGGGUCUUGGCCUUGCCAGCGGUCCUCACAGCAGCUUCAUCCCCUACCACGUCGACGCCGUUACUCUUCAACCCUUUGGCGAAGGCUGGCAAGAUGAGAUGGCCAUGGGCCGUGUCGUUGAGGGUACCUUCCGCAGCUUGAACAACCUCCUCGAGCACCUCCACCAGAGCUUCUUCUUUUACCUGCUCAUGCACCGCGAGCGCUUCGUCAGCAUCGGUACUUACCUCCCCAGCGCCAUGCUCGUAGCCGCCAACUUCACCAUCAUGGCCAUCUUCCUCUGGAUGAAGAGCGGACAACCUGAGAUCCCGGCCGCCUCAACCACCGAGUCUUCCGACAAGGACGACGCCCCAACACGAACCACCGAGCGUGAUCUCUUUCUCCCUCUGGCGAUAGUAGCCCUAUCCGGCUCCCUCUCCGCCAUCCCUCUCUACAUCUUCAACCACGUCCCCGAAUCGGCCCUAACCCCCCUCUUCUACCUCUUCCUCCUAAUCAACACCCUCUUCCCAAUAACCCUCUCCCUCACCAUAACAGCCCUCUUCUCCCCAACCCUCCAACAAUAUCACCUCGUCAAAUCUUUCUCCCUCCUGCUCCUGGGCAUGUUCCUCUCCUCCCUCGCAACCCUCAACUUCUCCCUCGCAAUGCUCAUCGGCCUCUUAUCCGCCCCCCUCUCCUUUGUCAAACCUUCCUCCUCCCCUGUGUCCCGCAUUGUCGGGUUCGUCCUCCUCAACCUCACCAGCCCCCCCGCUGUCCUGCUCGCCAGCGCGGCGAUUUGGGGUCUCAACGUCGGUGACAUCUUGCGCGAGGUAGCAGUGGCGUGGCAUGUGACGGGGACGUACUCGGCCGUGGUGGUCUGGUGCGUUUGGUGGCCGGCUUGGUUGGCGGGGUGUGUUUGUGUUUUGGGGAGGCCGGGUCGGGAUCAAGAAGAGGAAAAGAAGGUGAAGAAGACUUGACGGAGUAAAAAGAUUUUGUUUUUGUUGGCGUUGAUUUUUUUUUUUCGUCAUCUAUCAUGGAAGACAGCAAAAAAAUGGGAAAUAUUUACAUCAGGAGACAGGAGUGCAUAAUUUAUACCAUAUCCACCAGUACCCAAGCCAAGUUUGCAAAUACAACAUCAAAACCCAAGCUUCAGUGUAUAAGAUCAUAAAA